AGGAUAGAAGAAGACAGAAGAAAAGAAGAAGAGAUUUCGGCGUUGUCCAAACGAAUAACAUUGAGUAUUGAAGUGCCGCUCUGUGUUCAACAGCUUCAAUACUUGAUAUUACGCGUUUCCGUGAAGAUUGUAUAGUUGACCUGAUACUCACAAGCAUUCCGAAUGGCGUCCGUGUCCAAGCCCAAGUCAGAAAUGACGCCCGAGGAACUCGCAAAAUUAGAAGAAGAAGAAUUCAAUACUGGUCCUUUGUCAGUGCUAACGCAGUCUGUCAAAAAUAAUACUCAGGUAUUGAUAAAUUGUCGCAAUAAUAAGAAAUUACUAGGAAGAGUUAAAGCUUUUGAUCGUCAUUGUAAUAUGGUUCUGGAGAAUGUGAAAGAAAUGUGGACCGAGCAACCCCGAGCAGGAAAAGGAAAGAAAAAGGGUAAACCCGUCAAUAAGGAUCGUUUUAUAUCUAAAAUGUUCUUGCGAGGGGAUUCUGUUAUUUUAGUGCUGAGGAAUCCACUUGCAGCCAGUGCUAAGUAAAUUUUCUACCUUUUACAACUUUCUUUCCCAAUGUAUCUCAAGUUUUUCUGCCUACCAGUUUGAAGUUUUAUGUUAACAUACAAAACGUGUAUUAAUCAAUUUCAUUGUGGCAAUGUACAAAUUUGUCCUGAUCUAUUGUCUGAUUUUUUUAAGUUAUCAACCAUAGACCUUUUGUUUCACAUAGCAAUAUAUAAAAAUGAGGAAAAUGAAAUAAACAUAUUUCAAAUGUG